CACACAGCAGGACUGUACAACACAAGGAAGAAUAAUGGUUUCCACCAGAAGUUUGGAUAAAACGAUGGUUUUUCUGUGUGUGUGUGUUUUGUACAACAGCAUGACAGCAGACUGCAGACCACUGAGACGGAGGUCCGUCAGUGAGGUUCAGCUGAUGCACAGCGUCGGCGUACGUAAACACAUACAGCAGAGGCUGGAGUGGCUACAGGAGCGCAUGCAGGGCAUACACACCGCCCCGUUGCAUGAUGGGAAAAUCAGCAGCAGCGAGCGCAUCACGCUGGAGCGCAUGCGUUCCCAAGACUUUACGCACGGCGCACUGAAUGGAGACGUGGCUGAAACCCAGUGAAACGUGAACACUCUCCGUCUCGUCUCACUCUCAUCUCUAUUUAUUGCUUUCUAUUUAUAUAUUUAAGUAUUUAUCUCGAUUUAUUGACUUUUUUAAAAGUACUCCUGAUUGUUAUAAAUAUGAUAUAUACAUACUUUUAUUUUAGAUACGCGUAUGAGAGAGCACCUUC